GGGGGGGCCGGUUUGUUGUGGUCGCCAUUUUGCUGGUUGCAUUACUGGGUAAUCGGGCCCUGGCUCGCCGCGUCCGUCGGAUCUCCUCAGCCAGCGGGCAGGUCUGAGCUCGGGCUUCCCGAGCGGUUGGAGUCCCCUCGCCCGCGCCCUCAGCUCCCCUUCUGUGCUGUCUCCAUUGACUUGGUCUCAGCGGCGGUGGCAGCCGAGGUGCAGGAUGCGAGAAGGCGCCCCCCGGCCGGGCUCCCGCUCCAGGCCUCGCUCCCCUGCGGCCCUCUGAGCCCACCAUGGCCGUUCCUCAGGGCCAUGGUCCCUUCUCUGGCUUCCCCGGGCCCCAGGAGCACACGCAGGCAUUGCCCGAUGUGCGGCUACUGCCACGGAGGCUGCCCCUGGCAUUCCGGGAUGCGACGUCGGCCCCGCUUCGAAAGCUCUCUGUGGACCUCAUCAAGACCUACAAGCACAUCAAUGAGGUUUACUAUGCGAAGAAGAAGCGGCGGGCCCAGCAGGCCCCACCUCAGGACUCGAGCACCAAGAAGGAAAAGAAGGUCCUGAACCACGGUUAUGACGAUGACAACCACGACUACAUUGUGCGCAGUGGCGAGCGCUGGCUGGAGCGCUACGAGAUCGACUCGCUCAUCGGCAAAGGCUCCUUUGGCCAGGUGGUAAAAGCCUACGAUCAUCAGAGCCAGGAGCUGGUGGCCAUCAAGAUCAUCAAGAACAAAAAGGCCUUCCUGAACCAGGCCCAGAUUGAGCUGCGGCUGCUGGAGCUGAUGAACCAGCACGACACGGAGAUGAAGUACUACAUAGUGCACCUGAAGCGGCACUUCAUGUUCCGGAACCACCUGUGCCUGGUGUUCGAGCUGCUCUCCUACAACCUGUACGACCUCCUGCGCAACACGCACUUCCGCGGCGUCUCGCUGAACCUGACUCGGAAGCUGGCACAGCAGCUCUGCACGGCGCUGCUCUUCCUGGCCACGCCCGAGCUCAGCAUCAUCCACUGCGACCUCAAGCCUGAGAACAUCCUGCUCUGCAAUCCCAAGCGCAGUGCCAUCAAGAUCGUGGACUUUGGCAGCUCCUGCCAGCUUGGCCAACGGAUCUAUCAGUACAUCCAGAGCCGUUUCUACCGUUCUCCCGAGGUGCUCCUGGGCACGCCCUACGACCUGGCCAUCGACAUGUGGUCCCUGGGCUGCAUCCUCGUGGAGAUGCACACCGGGGAGCCCCUCUUCAGUGGCUCCAAUGAGGUGGACCAGAUGAACCGGAUUGUGGAGGUGCUGGGCAUCCCGCCAGCCCCCAUGCUGGACCAGGCCCCCAAGGCUCGCAAGUACUUUGAGCGGCUGCCUGGGGGUGGCUGGACCCUACGAAGGACAAAGGAACUCAGGAAGGAUUACCAGGGCCCCGGGACACGGCGGCUGCAGGAGGUGCUGGGCGUGCAGACGGGCGGGCCCGGGGGCCGGCGGGCGGGGGAGCCGGGCCACAGCCCCGCCGACUACCUCCGCUUCCAGGACCUGGUGCUGCGCAUGCUGGAGUAUGAGCCCGCCGCCCGCAUCAGCCCGCUGGGGGCCCUGCAGCACGGCUUCUUCCGCCGCACUGCCGACGAGGCCACCAACACGGGCCCGGCAGGCAGCAGUGCCUCCACCUCGCCCGCACCCCUCGACACCUGCCCCUCCUCCAGCACCGCCAGCUCCAUCUCCAGCUCUGGAGGCUCCAGUGGCUCCUCCAAUGACAACCGGGCCUACCGGUACAGCAACCGAUAUUGUGGGGGCCCCGGGCCCCCCAUCACUGACUGUGAGAUGAACAGCCCCCAGGUCCCACUUUCCCAGCCGCUGCGCCCCUGGGCGGGGGGUGAUGUGCCCCACAAGACACAUCAGGCCUGUGCCUCCGCCGUGUCACUUCCAGGGCCGGGGGCCCAGUUACUCCCCCAACCCCACUGCCUUGGCCGACCCCCAUCACCAACCUCACCGCCACCCCCGGAGCUGAUGGAUGUGAGCCUGGCGGGCGGCCCUCCGGACUGCUCCCCACCUCACCCAGCACCUGCCCCCCAGCACCCGGCUGCCUCAGCCCUCCGGACUCGGGUGACAGGAGGUCGUCCACCCCUCCCACCCCCCGACGACCCUGCCGCUCUGGGACCUCGCUUGGGCCUCCGUGGUGUGCCCCAGAGCACGGCAGCCAGCUCAUGACCCCGCCCUCUCCCUGGGGCCCCUCCUGAAGCCAUACCCCCUCCUCCCAUCUGGGGGCCCUGGGCUCCCAUCCUCAUCUCUCCCCUUGACUGGAAUUGCUGCUACCCAGCUGGGGUGGGUGAGGCCUGCACUGACCGGGGCCUAGGGCAGGGGGUGGAGGAGAGGGGUUCAGGCGUACCCUCCCCACUAAGGACUGGACCCUUGGCCCCCCCCUUGUUUUCUAUUUAUUGUACCAAAGACAGUGGUGGUCCGGUGUUGGGGAGUCCCCUCUCACCCCAGGGCCCUAGGAGGGGGUGGGGGCAGGUAGGGGGAGAUGGCCUUGCUCCUCCUUGCUGUACCCCCCAGUAAAGAGCUUUCUCACAUGCCCGCCUGAACGUUUGCAGGGGUCCGGCUCCCCUGGCUCAGUCCUCAGAGGCAUGGUGGGGAGCGGUGUUGGGGUCGGGUAUGAAGAGCUCUGCCACCCGGGCUGUUGGCGCAGGCAAGGCUGCUGUGGGCCAGGGCUCAGGCGUCCUAGUCGGGAGUCCUGGGUAGGGCUCUAGCCCAUUUUUGCCAUCUCCGGGGUAGACUCAGACCCUAAAUGGGCCCAGACCCCAGCUCUGGCCAGUCUCUGAGAGGUGGCAUCAGGUUCUACCCUAAAAGUCAGGGCUGUCACAGAAUCCACCAGGAGAGAGAGGCCCCUUAUUCCAGGCAGGCGUCCAGUAGGUGCUGAGUGCAUGUAGCAGGCCUUGGCGUCAUCUGGGGAAUGGCAGGCAGGCAGGUAAUGGGUACAGACUUAAUAGUGACGACCCGCCCCCCUCCAACCCUCCUCCCACAUCUGGUGUCACCCUUUGGAACCAGUGCGAAGCAAAGCGUUUUUGAGAUCUCUGACCAAAAGAUAUUCCGAGGUUUCAGGUAAGUGAGCCUGUUUCCGUGGCAUUUUGGAAACCUCUGUCUCCCGAACGGCCAAUUUAGGGGCGUCUGAUUCAAAGAGUACCGUUUUUCUGCCACUAGUGUGCGAUGCUUUCUGGGAAAUGGAGUUUUACUUAGUCCUCCCCGCCCCCUUUUUAUUGGCGAACUACAAAGACCAGAAUCCUUUUUGCCAGCGUGGCUGGGGGCGGGCUCUGGGGCAGCCAAUUGGCAGUCAGGGAGGGAGGGGCCUGGCGUUGGGGGCGGGCCGUAGAGGCGCCACCCGGGAAGGGGGAGCGGGUUUCGGGGGCUGUGCGCAAGCGCGUGGGUCUGCGGCGUGCGGGAGCGGGUGGGAGCGGCCGGAGGCCUGGCUGCUCGCCGCGGUGCAGAGGCGGAGGUAGGAGCUUCCUGCCCUGGCCUCGGGGACCCGUCGGGGACCCGCGCGGGUUCGCUGAUAGAGGCGCGGGGGAGUGAUGCGCAGAGGCAGCGGUGCGAGCUGCAGGUGCUUGGUGGUGGCGAUCUGGAGAGUUCCGUAGGGAUCAUCGUGGGAGAUUUUAUUGGCUAUGUCGGGAGCUUGGAGUUUGAGGGUCUCAAGGAGCCCCGGGGGCCUUUCUAGAAGGGCAGGAGCACCCUCAGUCUGGUCCGGGAGCCCAGCCUGGCCUCUGUGGCCGGGAAGAGGACUUUAGGGUGGCCGGGUCCCGGAUCUUGGGGAAGGUUGCAGGUGGGUCCAUUACGAGGGAUGACUGGUACUGGAACCGUGCCGGGCAUGCUGCGAGCGCUGAAUUCUUCCUCACCCUCUCUCGGCCCCCCCCCCCCACUCUUCCCUUGCUUCAGUUGGGGUGGUGGUAAGGAACUAUCUGGGGAGCAGGUGUGACCUCUCUUUGGCAAAGGAUAUUGAGAGCAGAGAAAGGUUGGGUCAUUUAAGAACUUAGGAAGCGGAGGGCUCAGGUGGGCCUGAGCGAGUUGUGUGACCAUCGAUCCCCUUAGCAAGGUGCAUGAGAAGCGACAAGACUCAGGGGUCGGAUUGCGUGGGCCUGUGAGGAGCUUGGGCUACACCUGCGAUGCUCAUCCCAAUUUGUUUCCGGGCCAGACCCGCCCAUGACCUGUCUCCUCUCUGCUCCCUGGAGAGGUGGGCAUGAGAGGAAUCUUGGCUGAGAUCCUUUUCUUCCUGUUCCCCUGGGGGGUACCCUCUCCCUCCCUUCUGUCUGCUCAGAUGCAAAGCUCUGGCAUUGUCCUUGACUCUGCAGUGUCUCCCGAACAUGUUCCCAGCUCUUCCCCCUGGACCGGCUGGCAGCCUCCCCGCACAGCCAAGGUGCCGUGAGCAUCUGCGUCAGAGCUUCCUGUGGCUCCGUGGCAUGGCAUGCCUGCCAAGUAUCCCCAGUGAUUGCCCCCUCCCGCCUCUCCCUCCUUGCUGCCUCGGCUCUGGCAACCUGUCUUUGGAGCUGGUUCCGCUGUCAUCCAUCUCGUAGCUUCCUUUCCUUAACUUUAUUUUUUAAAUUUAUUUGUUUUUCCUUUCCUUAACUUUAGUCUUAGCACCCGUGUAGCUGUUAGGAAACUGACAUGCCUUGUGGUCAGUGUUCCCUUCCUCUAUAAGCAUCAGCAGAGCAGGGUGUUCUGUCUAUUCCAUGCUUUCAUCAGCAGUACCCACAAACACUUGGCCCAGGCUAGGGGCACCAUAACUAUCAGAGCACAAAUCCUGGUUCGAGCAGCCCAGAGAUCUGACAGUCCUCUGUACAUAGAACAGGAAGGAGACACCGUUAAGUUUGCUAAGGUCUUCAUAGAUGUUUCAUGUCACUGUGCCUCUGCUCUAUGGAAACAUGGCCAAGAGCAAAUGGGAUUCCUGCCCCCCACCCCCCAAGAGCGCACGUUAGGGGGAUGAUGGAUAUUAUCAACUCUCCACCCGGAUCGGAUGCGGCAGGGACAGAGUGCCUCAGAGCACUGGCAGGACAGCUAACCUACACCUGCACGUGCUCUGGGAAAUGAGGUUCGAGGUGGUGGAGGGGCCGUUCAGGCCUUUAAGAAGCAGAAGGGGUUAAGGUGCUUGAGUUGCAUACAGCUGACCUGAGUUCUGUCCCAGGUUCUGCAUGAUCCCCCAGCACCCUGGGGUGUGGCCUGACCCCUCCCCACUAGCACUCCUCAAAAAUGAGGGUAAGAGGAAUCAGUGGGGAAGAGGGUAGAAGCCCCAGAGAUUGAGGGGAGAGGAAGAGACCAGAUCACCCAGGUCUGUGAUAAAUAUGUCCUGGGGUGAUAGUACAGUGGGUAGGGUCUUGCUCUGAUGGAUAGUACAGUGGGUAGGGUACUUGACUGGCAUGUGGCUGACCUGGGUUUGAUCCCGGGUGUCCCAUGUGGUCCUCCGAGCACCACCAGAGUGGUGGUGCAGAACCAGGAGUAACCCCUGAGCACCCGCCCAGUGUUGUUGUGACCCAAAACCAAAAAAAGUGUCUCCUGGGACCAGAGCAGUGGUACAAUAUGUAGGGGACUUGCCCUGCACCAAAAAGAAAGAAAUGUGUGUCCCUAAUGCCCACUUAUUGUCAGCAAAAAAAGGGAAAAAAUUGGGAGCAGGGAGUGGGUGGGGGUGGCACACCCAGCAAUGCUGAGGGCAUACUCCUGGCUCUGCAGUCAGAAAACACUCCUGGGGGUGCUCAGGGGACCGUAUGGGAUUCUGGGGAUUGAACUUGAGUCAACCAUAUGCAAGGCAAAUACCCUCCCCACGGGUCCCCAAAUUUUAAGCGAAAGGAGACAAGGUCACUUUUGUGUGUUAGACGUUUCCCUCUGGCUGCUGUCUGGGGAAUUGUUGACUGGAGAGGAUUGAAAUUUCAAGUGGCCCAUUGGCAAGGCCAGCGUCAUUAGGAGCAAAUAGCAGCUCCUCGGCCAGCCCCACCUUCCUCCUAUCACUUCCUGUGGAGUGAGGGAGGGUGGUGCUAGGGGCUGGGCCUUGCAGUUCCUGCUCUCUUGGGGAGCCCAGGCCAGCCCCCAGCUGCUGCAGUGGAUUUAUUCCAGGUGCCCAGCCCUGCUCCCAGCUGACCCAGGAGCAGAGAUGGGCAGGCCUGACUCAUCUUGGCCACAUUCCAGCAUCCAGAGCACAAAAACGGCUGCUCUCUUAAGGCACUAUUUGGGGAUGAUUUGUUACCCACUCGUAGCUAACUAAGACCAACUUUCGGCAGUCGUACCAUUUUCUGUAAUUAGCCCAUUUAAUCCUCACGGUCACGGUGACAUCGACAUCGUUACUCCCUUUGUACAAAUGAGCAAUUGGUUCCUAUUCAAUUCCCAGCUUGGCAUUUGGUCCCCCAAGCACUGCCAGGAGUGGUGCCUGAGCACAGAGCCAGGAGUAAGUGCUGAGCAUUGCCAAGUGUGUCCCCCAAAUUUUUAUUUAUUUAUUUUUUUUUUAUGGACUGCAGCUCACUGGGAUAAUCUGUGCCUUGCAGAUUAAUCAAACCUGGGUCUAAUCCCCAGUAUUCCCCACAAAAAAAAAAGAAACUGGGCUGGAAAGAGUUCACCAGUUGAGCACAUUCUUUGCAGGUCCAAUCCCCGGCACCACUUGGUUCUCCAGCCCCUGAGCUGGGAGUAACCCCUGAGCACCGCCAGGUGUAGCCCCGAACAAUCUGUAAUUGUUGAGGAAGGUGGGUCAGCAGAUCAAUAAACGCAUCCUGAGCCCACUUAACUCCUAACACCCUCAGGUCAGAGCCUUCCGGCGGCUGAGGCACCUUUUCUUCUCUGAAAAGCAGGGCUUGGAAAGGUCCUGGGCUCCCCCCUCCCCCUGUAACUGCAGGGAACCGGCAGCCCCCACGUCUGCAGUGGGCCGACACACUGGGCAGGGAGCUCAGGAGCCGGAGUCUGAAGCCGGUUUCUGCUAGGACAAACCCCGAAGGGCAGAGCGUUGCUGGGAGGCCCAGGUGAGCCCACAGAGUCGGCGGCCAGGAGCUGGCCUCCUGCUGCUGCCGGGACAGACUCGCUUCAGUCUGUCUGACGGAAUUCUGUGCCCAGCUGGGUUUACGCUCUGGGGCCUGGCAUGCGUGGGGUUGAGCCGUCAUCACUCAUCAGACGCUGCCGUCUCAGGGGAAGGGGCUCAGGAACAUCUGGAAGGAGGGGUUACGGAAGCAGGGCCCGGAGGAAAGGACAGCUGAGGUCUUCCUGCGGAGGAUGUUGUAGGGGUGUGUUUUACCCAGGGCUUCCCUGAAGCAAUCUUGUCACUGAACCAUAUCCCCAGUCCCUAAGAAGGACAUUCCCCCAGUGGCAUGCUUGACGCAGCAGAAAGGAUCACACUGGACCCGAGCACCAGCUGGGCCAGAAGGUGCAGUGGGGAGGCCUCACGGCCGACUGGAUCCCAGUGCAUGGGCGGGUGAAGGCAGGCGCCUGGAGUCGGAGGGCUGGGGGCCUAACGCAGCCUUUGCCUGGCUGCCAGUUUGCAGAAAUUUCCUAAGGGCCUGCACAAACCACCCAGCCCCGAUUGUGGCGCGGUGUCGUUGUCAGUAUUGGCCUAGCAAAGGUGUGAGGACUCUCAGCCGUGCUUUGGUGGUCAGCACACCGUUUCCCCGCUGUCCCCUGUCCGCAGGCACCGAAGGGUUGAAACCUGCUGAUCGAUCCAACACCUGGCACCAGGAGGGGCGCAGGGACCCCUUGGACAGGAGGUCACCCUGCAGGACGGUUGAUGGGCGCUGAAGGAGAGGCGGGGAGAUGCGGGCAGACUGGGGGCGUCUGUGGCCAGGAUUGGGGCCUGUCGGGGGUGGAGGGUGAGCUGCACCCGGGCAGUGCAGCGGGAAGCCGUGGCGGUGACCGGAGGGACUGGAUGAGGCCGUCUGCUGGCCUCUGCCACUUUGCUUCCCCUGCAGCCUUGAUGCAUCGCCCUCCCCGCUCAGUUCCCACAGCCCCAGUGCCCCCACCAGGACUGAAUGCCCAGGGUCAGAGACGGCGACAUGCUCAGAGCGAGUGCACCCUGUGAGGUGACAGCCCCCCACCAGAUAGGGCUCGGGACUGGGAGCCCGGCAGGCUCACCUGCGUAGUCUAGGAGUCAGAAGGACCCUGAGGGAACUGGGGACCCUCCCGGGAGCCGCACCUGGUGAAGCCAUCCGAUUUGGAGAAAGGGGUCUCGGGCUGUAUUUCCACCGAGCAGUUCUGUGUUUCUAGAAAUGUUGCGAAGAGCGUAUAGCGAUUCCCCAGGUGCCUGACGCCGCCCCCCACCUGCCCCCUGCUCCCCUUUCCUUAAUUCCUAGGGAUUAAUCUGGCAGGACUAACAUCACGCCGAGCUUGAGUGCACCAGUGCGAGGAAAUCCGCCUGAAGAGCUGACGGUUCUCAUCCUCCAUCCUCAGCUCCAGGCCUGAUUCCGGUCCUCCCGUUCCCACUAAUGUUCUUUUUCUGUUCCAGGAGCCAGCCCCUGGCCCCCCUGCUGCCUUUGUCCAUCCUGUCUCCUUGGGCGUCUCCGUCUGUCCUUGCUUUGCGUGGCAUCAGGGCCGGUGUUUGGGGGAACGUGUGUCUGGUCUUUUCCCCCUGGUUACCGGGGACUGUGGCUGCGGCUGGAGCAGCCCUCAGGGCCCAGGCGCAGGUGACUGGCCCGGCACCUCGCCGUCCUGUCAUGUGCUGUGAGAACCAGGCACGGGGCACGGCUCCGGGGCAGUGUGCGGGGACACCGGGGAUGGAUCUUGGGGACGGGUCAGUCCAGCCGACUCUUGGGGGUGCAGGCGCUCCCGUCUUCCCCAAGUUCCACCUGUUCGUUUCUGCCCGCUCCCUCGCUCUUGGCCAGGGGGGCAUCUGUCCCCCCCUCCACCAUGCUGCUUUCGGGGCGGUUCCUGCACACGUCUGCACUCGCAGGUCUUGAUCCUUGGGGACUCACCCAGUGCUCUGGAGCAUCAUUGUUCCGCUCAGGUCCUUCGGGUGUGGGGCUCUUGGGGCCUCCUGGGCGGUGGCACCUUUUCCUCUCAGCCACCCCCUUCCCUGCCCUGGACAGGCCCUGGCUCCAGAGCACCUCGGCCCCCGUCCUCACCCAUCCCCGGUCCCUUGGCUGACAGUGGGGACAUGCAUGGGUGAGUUCAAACCCCCAUGCUCACACGGGGCCCGCUUCCCUGUCAGAGGGACAGACGGACAGAGGUGUCGUGUCUGCACAGGCGGGAGCCGGCUCCCUCCCGAUGACACUGACUGGCAUCCCCAGAGCAGCCCUGUCCGCCUCCCCCUGCGCCUGUCGCUCUGAGCCUGGCUCCGUGGCACCGCCGGCCAGGUGGCCCGGCCACUCUCUGCCAUGAGCACAGUGUCCCGGGGCCCUGUGAGCCUGUGACCUCCCCCUGUCAUCCUCAUCAUCUCACUUGAGGAAUGAUUCCUGUCUCUUGCUCCCUGCUUGCCCUGACCCCCACACUGUAGUCUCUGGGGCCUCCCCCCCCCACACACACACCCUGUGCCAUCUGACCCUGUUUCCUGUGUCUGCACUUGUGGUGCCCCAACCCGCCUUCAGCCCCAGGUGACACAUGGACGCCUGAUUCGCUGUGUCCUCAAUGGCAGGCCUGACUCUCAUCUGGCUCUUGUGUCAUCCCCCCCACCCCCAGUGCCAUUGAUCAUUCCUGCCCUCUCCUCACUGUCCUCUGUCCUCUUGUGUCUGCCUCACCUGCUCCCUUCGGUCCCCCGAGUCACCUGUUCACCCACCUGCCAUUGGCUGGGAGCAGGAGUCUGUGGGACAUGCUGGUGUCCAUGGCAACAGAGAUGCCUGUCCCCAUUUCCCUCAUGCCUUAGGGCAGGUGGCUCCUCAGCCCGGCGCGUGCUCUGGCCCCUGACGGGCCCCGUCUCAAGACAGGGGCCUCCAGAGGGAACCCCCGCUUAUUCCCGAGUCCGAAGUGCAGCGUGCACCUCAUCAGAAGCAGCGCCUGCCGGGGACACGCUCUCCUGGAGUGCGCCAAACCCUGGUGCCUGGGUCUCGGGGGCAGUGCUGGCGGGAGCCCCUCCCUCCCUCUGAAAACGCCGCAGACACUGUCACGCCAGAGGGAGCUGUGAGGGGGACAUGCUGCCACGCAGGUUCACCCUUGUCCCUGACAGGUGACCUGUACCAGUGGUUUCAAACCCCGGGGUCUUGGGACAGGUUUGUGCCUGCUGGGGAAGGCCACCCAAGGGAGGAAAUUCCUGGCAUCUGCCCUGAGGCCUGCUGACUCUUGGGGUAGUGAGCUCUAAGGUGCGAGCCCAGGUCUCCCCGCUCGGCUUUGGGCGGAAUCUUCUGCCUCAGGCUCGUUCCCUGGCCGCCCAGCCCCCUGCAUCCACUCCAUCUUCCUGGUCCCCCAGAGGCGCCUCCUGCUCAGAGCUGGUUUCCCAUGAGGCCCAGCAAGCCCUCGGCAGUGGCCGCCGCAUUGUCCAGAGCUGCCCCCUUGCCCGCCCCUUCGACUCGCCACCCCCGUCUCGGGUCUUUGGCGAGUGGCUCGCCCCUCUCGUGACCAGGGCAGCGUUUCAGAUGGGCUGACAUCGUCUCUGUCCACCAAAAAUAUUCUGUGACACCUCCACCUUCCUUUCAAAGGAACAGAGAGAAAGGUCUGAGGCACACGUGCGCCCUGGCCCCGAGCCCAGCUUCCCCCUGCUGGCACGUCGCUUGCCCACUUCCGUGACGUGCAGGAUGAUCCAGGUGUUUUCAGAGUGGCAAGAUUUGAGGGUGGGGAGCAAAAACAGUGGAGAGGGCACUUGCCUGGCGCGUGGCUGACCUGAGUUCCAUCCCUAGCAGCUUGUGGGGUCCCCUGAGCACCUCCAGGAGUGAUCCCUGAGCACAGAGCCCAGAGUAAGCUCCCUGAGUGCCACCGGGUGUGGCCCCGAAAGCAAACUGAAAACUGGCAGGUUGUUUUGCUUGAAGACCAGGGGACCCAAGGCCAAGGAGAAAGCUCACAGGGCCGAAGCAUAGGUUUCACCUGCCCUGGGCCCUGAGUUUGACCCCCGACACUGGAGGACCCCCCACCCCCCACCCAGCAUCGCUGUGUAGCCCUGGUGACCCCCAGCACCAGAGAAUCCAAACUGUCCCCAUAUCACCGGGCUCUCUGGCCAAAAUAAAGCAGCUCCAGAUCCUUGCAGUAGAUCCUCCACCCCGCUGAUUAACGGGGUCCCUCCCUCUCCUGAUCCUCUCCUGAUCCCUUACCCCCUCACUUCCCAGGCACAGCCAGAUCUGUCCAGGCCUCACCGUCACCCACCUUUGGCCCGGGAUCCAGCCCAGUCACCCCACAUUGCUCCGGAGUCAGAAACACAAUCCCCCGAGCAGGGCCCGGGAUAGUUCAUCCACGCGGGGCCCCCUCUCCGCGGGCGAGCCUCCCCUCCUCACUCAGAGUGGCCACCUGCGGGCCGCUCUGCUCGCGCUCCCAGCCUCCCCGCAAGCACACUCGGAAUGAAACAGGGACCUCCGUGCUGAGCUCCUUGGCGAGCUCCCCGAGGGCAGGGGUCGUGUGUGUCCGCGUGCCUGUGUGUCUGUGUGUGAGUGUGUGUGGCCCCAUACGGUCCCGCACACGGCCCAACUCUGAGCACGUGCCCGGGACGGGGAUGCAUGAGCGCGUGAGUGAUUUCGCAGGCCAAUCGCUGGGUGCUGGUGACCACGAAGCCAGUGUUGUCAACCGGACUGAACCCAACCCCUGGAGCCGAGUCACCGUGCAAGCCCGGGGGUCGGGAGGGGAAGCGAGUGCCUGCGUUUCCGUCCGGCUCCCCACUGCUGCCAGUGCAUUGCGGUAACAGUGGGUCUGGACCGUGCCGUUGGGUCUGGCGAGCCAUGGACCCUUGCGAUGGGGCUCGUGUGACUCAAGAUGUACUCAGACAGAGUGUAAAAUACCCACCGGAUUUCAAAGACUUAGUACAAACAAGAGAAUGUAAAAAUAACUCAAUAAUUUUUAUAUUGAUCACCUGUUAAUAUGGUAAUAUUUUGGCUAUAUCAAGUUAAAUAAAAUAUAUUAUUAAAAUUUCA